AUGCGUCGUCGCUCAGCCGUCGUUGAACAGCGUCUCGGCGAUGCCCAGCCCCGGGUCCACGGCCAUGCCGAACAGGCUGCCCGAUUGCGGGCGGGCCAUCAGCGCGGCGCUGCUCAGGCCGGCACGCGCCGUGGUGACGAGCAACUGGUCGCCCGCCGGGCCGCCGAAGGCGGGGCAGGUGGUGUUGGCGACCGGUGCGGUCCAGCGGCCGACGAGCUGGCCGCUCGGCGCGUAGCGGGCCACGGUGCCGGCGCCCCACUCGGCGUUCCACAGGUGGCCCUCGGCAUCGAUCGUGGAGCCGUCGGGGAAGCCCCGCUGGCGGACGAGAUCGAGAUGGUGCGGCGCUACCUGGCCAUCAUGCAGGCCCGGCUGGGCCCGCGGCUGGCGUCGCGCAUCGACGUCGCCGAAGACCUCGCGGCCGAGCUGCCGCCGGGCAUCGUGCUGACGCUCGUGGAGAACGCGAUCGCCCACGGCAUCGAGCCGCAAUUGCGGGGCGGGCAUGUGGAGGUGACGGCCCGCCGCGACGGCGACCGUGUCGUCGUCACCGUGCGCGACGACGGGCCGGGCCUGGCGCCGGGCUGGGCCGAGGGCGUCGGCUUGUCCAACACGCGCCGCCGCCUGACGGCCGCCUUGCCUAACGCCACCCUGACACUGACCGACGCCGCCCCCGGCUGCGAGGCCACGCUGACCCUAUGA